CUCCUUUUCCUUUCAUCUUGACUUUUCCUCCAUUUCUUUAGCCAAUUCUUAACUUUCAAACACUUACGUACAAGAGCAUAUCCCACCAUUUUGAAUCCAACCUAAGGUUCCAACGAUACUUUAAUAAAUCCGUUUGACUUCUUUUGAAAUCUGAAUUUCAAAUUCCCGCUCAAAUGAAGCAAGAACCUUGAUUUUACACCUAUAAAUACCAGACUUUGUGACUAUUUUCAACACCUUGGUAACCGCCGCUCGAUGACUCAUAAAAGCUACUGCUCUCAUUUGUUCUCAUAAUUUUGCCUUGCCAAAAAUCUUCUCUUUUCUCUUGCCACUUGAUUCUGUUGGUUUUAAAUACAAUAGAGGUGCUGCAUUUUGUUGACGAUUGCAUCGUUUAACAAUCAUCUGAGUUAGCAAGUUCGAGGUCGAAGUUCGGUAGAUCCAAAGCCGAUGCCUCAGUUCACUGCCCCGCAACAGACAAUGGUUAAAUCUAAAGGUGGUAGUGAGAAACAAAAGGGGAAAGCAGAGUCCUCCCGGGGUAGGGGACGAGGACAAAUUAAGUUAACCCCUGCAAUACGGAAAUCCAUUGGGCAAAUAAGGAAGAACAUUCGAGUUGCAGACAGAGCUGCUUCCCACUCCGAGGGGAGUGAGUAUGUGCCCUCCCGGGAGGCCUCAGAGACUGACUCGAUGCCUACACAUGUAGCAGACUUUCCGAGGAGGUUUCACUUGACAGAUGAGCCCACACCCCUAACCUCUCCUGCUUCUCCUACUACUUCUGAGUCGUCUGAUGGCUCAGCGGAGAUAGCGAGUCCUAUGCUUUAGCCAUACCUACAGCUUCGUCACCGACACAAGAUCCCAUAGAUGUAGAUGUCGAGGUACCGGAUGACAGGAAAAGGGUGUGACACCUAGACCGGAGGUGUGGAAAGGACAAGAAACCCUGAGGUUUGGCAACAUAGGUUUGUUAGUGAGCUGGCAUACCAUAAAUUCAGGGAGUGGUGUCCUCAAAAGCCACUCAUUCAUGAGUGCCAGUUCAUAGAGCGGGAUCUUCUGCCUCACAACCCCAAUAUGAAGCAGCACUUCAAUGAAUGAGUGGGAUGUGAGUACUUCACUAGCAAGGUGCCGGAUGCUAAUGAGCACCUAGUCAAGGAAUUCUACGCCAAUGCCUCCCACAUCAAAAAGGACACAAAAGUGACUAAGGUGUGGAACCUGAAGGUCAAGUUUCAUGGGAAGAUGAUCAAUGAUUACUUGGGAUUCAAUGAUGAAGAUGAGUCACUGUACUUAGAGAAGGUGGCGAUGGAUGAGGCAGCUCGCCUGUGGUUGGCAUCACUUCUGGCUCUCCCGGAUACUACUCCAGCAUGGUUGACAGUAGGGGUUCCUAUCUUGAGGAACACCCUAAACUUUGAGGCAAAGGGUUGAGAGACCUUUGUGUGCAGCAGACUAGACCCCACUACUCACGACAACACCAUGCCGAUUUCCCGGGCGAUUGUAGUGGCGGCUAUCAUGGCGGGGUUCCCGAUCAAUGUCGGGAAUAUCAUGUCUAGGGUGAUUAUUAGAGUGGUCAACGAGGGUGAUAGAUCUUACCCAUUCCCGAACUACCUAACCAUGUACUUGGAAGAUCACGAGGUGAAGAAAAGAAAUUUCGAUGUCAUGGUAAAGCCUAAGAAGCCCUUCUCAUGGUACAACCUUCAGGGUCCAAGAAACCCCAAAUCCAAGGGAUCCAAGGGCAAAGCUACUACUUCUACUGGCCAGUCUGAAGAGCCAGCAGUGGUAGUCACUACUUUACAACCUCCAACUGCCAUACUAGAUCUUGCCUCCGUACUAUCUACUUCCAUGUCGUCCUUAGUGCCAUCCUCCCCAGCAUACCGUUGACUGCUCAUAUAUUGAACCAAACACUCUCCAUGAUCAACAACUAGAUGUAAGCAACAACUUCUAAGCUGUCUGUGCUAUCCAGUUCAGUGGCAGCCCAGUAUGUUCCCCCACAGUCACAGGUGCCAGCUUCAGUAGAAGAGUCUUUCAAGGAGCCUUUGGACAACCAGAAGAAGCUCCUAGAGAAUCAAAAGCUUAUCAUCGAUGCUCUUGUAGUUCAGGGAAAAACACUUAAGGAGCUGAGCAAGCAGACAAAGAAGCUGAAAAAGACUCGGGCCUUGAAGGAGUCAGUGAAGCAAUUAAGGGGAGAGAUGGAGAAGAUGAAGUUAGCUGGCGACCUACCAUUGGAGCUACUAUUACAGGACCAGCUUCCAGCAGCUCAAAUAGAGCAGAUUUAGGAGCAGGAGACUGAGGGAGAGCCUAGGAGGAGGAGAGUGAUGCCCCGGGUUAAUGAUGUAGAGAUUGAGUUGGAGGAUUCUGAGGGAGGUACCUCUGGCUAGCCACAGGCCCCAGAGCCAGGUGAUCCAGGGACCCAACCACAUGACCCCAUGCAAAAAGAGGACUCAUAGAGAGUUUUCUUUACUCUCUACCCUUCUUUUUGAUCUUAUUUUUGGUUAUUUAGU